GUCGAAUCCUGGACGGUCUUGGCCCCGGGGGUGGGACCGGAAACAUGACCACGGAAACGCACCUGAAGGACAUCAAACCGGGGCUGAAGAAUCUAAACGUGUUAUUCAUCGUUCUGGAGACAGGUGAGCGCGUACCUGCACAGGGGCGGGGCUGAAGAAUCUAAACGUGUUAUUCAUCGUUCUGGAGACAGGUGAGCGCGUACCUGCACAGGGGCGGGGCUGAAGAAUCUAAACGUGUUAUUCAUCGUUCUGGAGACAGGUGAGCGCGUACCUGCACAGGGGCGGGGCUGAAGAAUCUAAACGUGUUAUUCAUCGUUCUGGAGACAGGUGAGCGCGUACCUGCACAGGGGCGGGGCUGAAGAAUCUAAACGUGUUAUUCAUCGUUCUGGAGACAGGUGAGUGCGUACCUGCACAGGGGCGGGGCUGAAGAAUCUAAACGUGUUAUUCAUCGUUCUGGAGACAGGUGAGUGCGUACCUGCACAGGGGCGGGGCUGAAGAAUCUAAACGUGUUAUUCAUCGUUCUGGAGACAGGUGAGCGCGUACCUGCACAGGGGCGGGGCUGAAGAAUCUAAACGUGUUAUUCAUCGUUCUGGAGACAGGUGAGCGCGUACCUGCACAGGGGCGGGGCUGAAGAAUCUAAACGUGUUAUUCAUCGUUCUGGAGACAGGUGAGCGCGUACCUGCACAGGGGCGGGGCUGAAGAAUCUAAACGUGUUAUUCAUCGUUCUGGAGACAGGUGAGCGCGUACCUGCACAGGGGCGGGGCUGAAGAAUCUAAACGUGUUAUUCAUCGUUCUGGAGACAGGUGAGCGCGUACCUGCACAGGGGCGGGGCUGAAGAAUCUAAACGUGUUAUUCAUCGUUCUGGAGACAGGUGAGCGCGUACCUGCACAGGGGCGGGGCUGAAGAAUCUAAACAUGUUAUUCAUCGUUCUGGAGACAGGUCGCGUCACUAAAACCAAGGACGGCCACGAGGUGCGGACGUGCAGAGUGGCCGACAAGACGGGCAGCAUCAGCGUGUCUGUGUGGGACGAGGUGGGAGCUCUGAUACAGACUGGAGACAUCAUCCGGCUCACCAAGGGGUACGCCGCUGUGUUUAAAGGAUGCCUGACUCUGUACACUGGGAGAGGGGGAGAGCUGCAGAAGAUUGGAGAGUUUUGCAUGGUGUACUCAGAAGUGCCGAAUUUCAGUGAACCCAACCCGGAGUACAUCUCCCAGACAAACCAGACGGUGUCGAGUGACCAGAGUGGAUCAUCUAAUCAGAACAAUGGAUCUGCGAGCGUGAAUGCAGCAGCCGAGACCUCCAAUGAGAACGGAGUCACCGCCCCAGCGCCAGGAAGCUCCACCAAUCCGCAGCAAGGAGGCAGGAACAGUGGGCGAGGGGCGACCAAUCACCAGACAGCAGCUGCCUCGGGGGCGGGUCCGGCGGUCAGUAACGGGAAGGAGACCCGACGCACUUCUAAAAGAUGAUUGGUUGAGGGGCGCGCCGCUCCCCCUCUCCCACCAGCACCACCCCCCCCCAUCCCUUAUAGGGGGGGGUUCAGGGACCCCCAACACUCACCAGCUGAAUUUGUGAAACCCAGCGAGGUUUAUUAUAAACACAAGUGCCACCAAAUGGUUUAUUACAGUGCAGAUGACUGGACCUGAAAGAACAGCUACAGCUAAAGAUACCAAGCCAUGGUAUCCCAGGACUAAUGCACACCCUGAGUUUAUUAACCCUAUCAGGUAUGGUGAUCCAGUCCGUCCCCUCCCCGCUCUCCGUGCGUGCGUGUGUGUGUGUGCGUGUGCGUGUGUGCGUGCGUGUGCGUGUGUGCGCGUGUGAGGACUCUCUGUCUGAAGACACGCCCCUGACCUUAAAAGCUUAUUUUAGUACCCCAGAAGUUUAAUUGGCAGUGUUUCAGUUUUUGUAACAUGUUUAAUCUGUAACGUGCGGAUUAUCUACAGUACAGAAUAACUCCCCUGUAUCGGCAGCCAGCUCCUCACUCUUUUAAACAGCGUUUUAAAAGCACGCUUUUACACUGCACAAGAAAAUCAACGCAUUCGUCUCUGUGUCCGCUGUUGCUGUGGGAACUGUCUUCUAUCCCAUAAUAUGGAGGUGUCAGAACUCCCAGAGUCAUUUUCUUAUUUAAUUAAAAAAAAAAAAAUAAUUGUGACAGUUUCUGGACAAAUCAAAAUAUUGCAACUGAAAGUUGACCCAGAAACAAAAGUCCAGAUUUUAUCAAAGUCUGUUUCCAAAUAUAUAUAUAUAUAUAUAUAAAUAGAUGGAAUUUGGAAACAGACUUUGAUCAAAUCUGGACUUUUGAUUCUGGGUAUGUAUAUAUAUGUAUAUAUAGGCCCUUCAGUCAUGAUUUUUGAAUUAAUUUUUAGAAAUUUUAAAAAGGUUUGUAUGAACUCUAUAGAGUUCAAAAAAUUGCCCUGUAAAAAUUUUGGAAAAACAACCCAUAGCUGCAUUAUAAAAUAGAUACACGGAUAGGAAACUCACUGGAGGGGAUAGAGCGAGGAGAGAGAGAUUCAAACAGACCGGAUUCUCCGUGUCCUUCUUGUAAAAGCGUGCACACGUUUGAUGUACCCUGGAUAAGCCACAGCUGGAUUUCAUUGGAGCAUUUCCCUGCUCCCAGGUUUGCAUCGAUCACAGAGCAGCGGUUCCCCGGUGCUGUGAAAUGCUCUAUAAGCCCAGCUGCAGUUCGGUUGGUCAGAUCGCUCUUUUAAGAAGUCUGGUUUUAUUUACUCCCGAUUUCCUGUGGAUUUUACUCUGGUAAACUGAAUUAAAACUGUGUUGUGACGUCAUAGCACGUCCCCCGGUUGCAGAAGAGCACGAGACUCUCCAUUGCAGUGUCACGGCUUUUGUUUUUGUUUGGUGUUUUUAAAUAAAAUAACUAUUUUUAAAAA